AUGGGAAGUGACCCAUGGCGGACGGACGGGCGACACGGAGCUGAGGGCGGUCAUGGGUACCGUCAGGACACGGGAGCAUACCGCUCGCCGGAAGAAGGCUAUCGCCGUCGCGAAGAUCGUGGCCGCGGGCGAGGUCUGGAGGAGCUCUUCUCGGGUCGCCAAGGCGAUCUCGAUGUGGAUGGAGAAGAGGAGAUAGACUCGGCGAAUGAGGUGCAGGAGUCGGAUCGUGAAGGCGGGACCAAGGGCGAUGACGAGUUCCAGGAGGAAGGCGCAGGCGAGCAGCGCGAAAUGCCCGCUGGAGUCAAGGACGAUGAUCCCGCGCAGGCGGGCGUGUCGGCGAAGCCAGACGCGGCGGAGGCGGACGGACAGAGCGGUCGAAAUCUGCCACGCGGCGGAGAGGAAGAUGACGGCGGGGGGCGUGGCAGUGGCGGACGCUCUCCAGAUCCGCGUCGGCGAGGUGACGUAGAGCGCGGCGGCGGCAUGCGCUCGACUGAUCAGCGGCUGAAUCGUGAUGGAGGGCGCAGCGGCGGUGCGCGAUCGCUAGAUCCACGGCUGAAUCAUGUGAGGGGACGUGGCGGUGGCGCGCGCUCGCCAGAUCCGCAGCUGACUCGGGAUGUGGGACGUGGCGGUGGCGGACGCUCGCCAGAAUCGCGGCGGAGCCGUGAAGGGGAGCGUGGUGGCGGCAUGCGCUCGCCAGAUGCACGGGUGAUGCGGGAGGAGAAGCGUGGAGGCGGCCAUCGCUCGCCAGAUCCGCGGCAGCACCGAGACGGUGGGCACUGGGGCGGAGCGCGCUCACCGGAUUCGCGGAGGUAUCACGAUUGGAGUACGAGGGAAGCCGGGGAGGCGGAUUUGGUUCGCAGCAACGGCAUCACAGCAGGGUUGAAAGACGCGGUGGGGGAUCUCGCUCCCCUGGCCGAUAUCAGCGGCAUCAUGGAAGGCAUGCCGAGGAGGGAGGACGAGACCAACGCGACAGCGGAGAGGGAGGCAGUAGGCUGA